UCAUCAACAUCAUCAUCUUCUACGAUAUCCUCAAUUCUCAUCCACUCUCUCUCUCUCUCCGUUUUCUUCCACUCAUCGAUCACCUUCUUCAUAUCUCAUCUCUCGCCCCAUCACUCCUUCCCCAUUCUGCUCUGCUUCAUGGCUUCAGCUGCUCUUUCGUCGCUGCAGGUUGGCUUCGGCAAGGGCUUCUCUGAGUUCUCCGGCUUGCGUAGCUCAUCAUCGUCUCUUCCAUUCGCCAAGCGCGUCAAUGACGAUUUCUUUUCGGUUAUUGCCUUCCAGACCUCUGUUGUUGGGGAAAGCAGGAGCAAGAGAGGAGUGGUGGAGGCUAAGGUCAAGGUCGCCAUCAAUGGAUUCGGAAGGAUUGGGAGGAACUUCCUGAGGUGUUGGCAUGGAAGAAAGGACUCUCCUCUCGACGUCAUCGCCAUCAACGACACCGGCGGCGUCAAGCAAGCCUCUCACCUCCUCAAGUACGAUUCAACCCUAGGCACCUUUGACGCUGACGUUAAGCCUGUCGGCGACAAUGCCAUCUCCGUCGACGGCAAGGUCAUCAAGGUCGUCUCCAAUCGCAAUCCGUCUAACCUCCCCUGGAAGGAGUUGGGGAUUGAUCUUGUGAUCGAAGGAACUGGCGUUUUCGUCGACAGAGACGGCGCAGGGAAGCACAUCGAAGCCGGAGCUAAGAAGGUGCUCAUCACCGCCCCGGGCAAAGGCGACAUUCCAACGUACGUCGUUGGUGUCAACGAAGGAGAUUACAAGCCCGACGAGCCGAUCAUCAGCAACGCCUCCUGCACCACCAACUGCCUCGCCCCAUUCGUCAAAGUCCUCGACCAAAAAUUCAGCAUUAUCAAGGGGACAAUGACGACGACUCACUCGUACACCGGCGACCAGAGGCUUCUCGACGCAAGCCAUCGCGACCUGAGACGUGCGCGUGCAGCAGCGCUCAACAUCGUGCCGACAUCGACGGGUGCAGCCAAGGCAGUUGCGCUCGUCCUCCCGCAGCUCAAAGGGAAGCUCAACGGGAUUGCCCUCCGUGUCCCGACACCCAACGUCUCUGUCGUGGACCUCGUCGUGCAGGUCGAGAAGAAGACGUUCGCGGAGGAAGUUAACGCCGCAUUCAGAGAGGCUGCAGACAAAGAGCUCAACGGCAUACUUUCCGUAUGCGACGAGCCCCUCGUCUCUGUCGAUUUCCGGUGCAGCGAUGUCUCAUCGACUGUCGACUCCUCGCUGACCAUGGUCAUGGGUGACGACAUGGUGAAGGUUAUCGCCUGGUACGACAACGAGUGGGGCUACUCGCAACGCGUCGUCGACCUCGCCGACAUCGUCGCAAACAAGUGGUGAUAAGUAUUAAGCUAAGAAGAUCAAAACAGAGAUUCCCCUGUUCUUUUCUUUCAUUCUUAUUCAAGAUCAUCAUAUAUCGGAGUUUACAUUAAUUAAGGAUGCAACGAUUUUUCGAUCA